AUGAAACACCACGCCGACGCCGCCGCGCACGUGUCGGGGCAGUGCAACAAGCCGCUGUCGCGCCCCGCGCACGCACUCGAGAUGGAGGAGGCGAUCCGGGAGCUGGGGGCGGACGCGGACGACGGGCUCUCCGGCGCGGAGGCGGCCCGGCGCCUAGAUGAGUACGGGCGGAACGACCUGGGCGACGACGCGGGCGGGGUGGCGCCGGGCAAGCUGCUGCUCGCGCAAGUAGCCAACGCGAUGACGCUCGUGCUGCUGCUCGCGCUGGGCGCGUCGCUGGGGAUCAAGUCGUGGACGGAGGGCGGCGUCGUCGCGGCCGUCAUCGCGCUGAACGUCGGCGUCGGGUUCCAGCAGGAGCUCAAGGCCGCGCGGACGAUGAGUGCGCUAAGGGGGCUCAGCGCGCCGACGGCGCAGGCGGUCCGCGCGGGCCGCAACGUGACCGUGCCCACCGCCGAGAUCGUCCCCGGGGACAUGGUCGAGCUCCGGACGGGCGACACCGUCCCCGCGGACGUGCGCAUCGUCGAGGCGGUCAACUUCGAGACCAACGAGGCGCUCCUCACGGGCGAGUCCCUCCCCAUCCGAAAAGAAGCAACACGCACCUUCCCCGACGACACCGGCCCGGGCGACCGGCUGAACGUCGCCUACAGCUCGUCGACGGUCACGAAGGGGCGCGCCCGGGGCAUUGUGUUUGCCACUGGGUUGUAUACCGAGGUCGGGCAGAUCGCCGCGGCGCUGCGGGGCAAUAAUAACCCGACGCGGCGGCCCGUGAAGCGGCGCGAGGACGGCACGGCGCACCCGGGCCGGCACGUGCAGGCGUGGGUGCUCACCGCGCACGACGCGGUGCUGCGCUUCCUGGGCGUCAGCGGCGGCACCCCGCUGCAGCGCAAGCUGGCCCAACUCGCGCUCGUGCUGUUCGCCGCGGCGGUCGUGUGCGCGCUGAUCGUGCUCGGCGCGAACGACUUCGACACGUCGCAGGAGGUCGUGAUCUACGCCGUGGCGACGGGGCUCGCGAUGCUCCCCGCGUCGCUCGUCGUCGUGCUCACGAUCACGAUGGCCGCGGGCGCGAAGCGCAUGGUGCAGCGCCACGUCAUCGUGCGCCAGCUCAAGUCGCUCGAGGCCCUCGGCGGCGUGACGAAUAUCUGCUCCGACAAGACCGGCACGCUCACGCAGGGCAACAUGGUCGUGCGCAAGGCGUGGCUGCCCGGGUUCGGCACCCUGAGUGUCGCGGGCACGGCCGCGCCCUUUGAUCCGACCGUCGGCGACGUCGGCAGGCGGCCCGAGCAGCCGCGCGAGAUCGACUUCCGCGCGGGGGACGCGGAGGGGGAGGUCCUGUCCGCCCUCGAAAACCACGCCCGGGACAGCCCGCUCCUCGGCGACUUUCUGAACAUCGCCGCCCUCGCGAACCUGGCCACCGUGCACCAGACGGGCUCCCCGCUCGAGUGGCACGCGCGCGGCGACCCGACGGAGGUCGCGCUCCAGGUCUUCGCGACCCGCUUCGGCCGGAACCGCCUCGCGCUGCAGGACCGCUGGCGGCAGGUCGCCGAGUUCCCGUUCGACUCGGACGUCAAGAAGAUGUCCGUCGUCUUCGAGGACACGCACAGCCACACGACGCAUCUCUUCACCAAGGGCGCCACGGAGCGCGUCCUGCCCAGCUGCACCGCCAUCCGCGACGAGGCCGGGCACGUGCCCCUCACGGACGCGCACCGCGCCGACAUCCUCGCGAACGUCGAGGCGCUCGCCCGCCUGGGCCUGCGCGUGCUCGCGCUCGCCGGCCGGGCCGACAUCGGGCCCGUCGACGGCCACGCCGCGCCCGACCGGACGGACCUGGAGCGCGGCCUCGUCUUCCACGGGCUCGUCGGGCUGUACGACCCGCCGCGGCCCGAGUCGGCGCCGAGCGUGCGCAAGUUCCACCGCGCGGGCGUCAGCGUGCACAUGCUCACGGGGGACCACCCCGAGACCGCCCGGGCGAUCGCCAUCGAGGUCGGCAUCCUCCCCAGCCGGAUGGGCGAGAUCGCGGCGGACGUGGCGCGGACGAUGGUGAUGACCGCGGCGGAGUUUGACCGGCUGUCCGACGGCGAGCUCGACACGCUACAAGACCUCCCGCUCGUCGUCGCGCGGUGCGCCCCGCACACCAAAGUCCGCAUGAUCGCCGCGCUGCACCGGCGGGGGCGGUUCGUGGCGAUGACGGGCGACGGCGUGAACGACUCGCCGGCCCUAAAGCAGGCCGACGUGGGGAUCGCGAUGGGCCAGGCGGGCGCGGACGUCGCGAAGGAGGCCGCGGACCUCGUGCUCACGGACGACAACUUUGCGUCGAUCCUGAACGCCGUCGAGGAGGGCCGCCGCAUGCUCGACAACAUCCAGAAGUUCGUGUUGCACGUGCUCGCGUGCAACGUCGCGCAGGCGUGCACGCUGCUCGUCGGCCUCGUGUUCAAGGACGGCAGCGGCCGGAGCGUGUUCCCGCUCGCGCCCGUCGAGGUCAUGUGGAUCGUCAUGGUCACGUCCGGCCUCCCCGACAUGGCCCUCGGCUUCGAGGCCGCCGCAGCAGAUAUCAUGGACCGCCCGCCACAAGAUAUGAAAGCGGGCAUCUUCACGUGGGAGCUGCUGCUCGACAUGCUCGUGUACGGCCUCUGGACCGCCGCGCUCUGCCUCGCGGCGUUCCUGCUCGUGCUGUUCCGCUGGGGCGACGGCGACCUCGGGCACAACUGCAACGGCGCGUACUCGCCCGCGUGCGACACCGUCUUCCGCGCGCGCGCGACGUGCUUCGCGUCCCUCACGUGGUUCACGCUCUUCCUCGCGUGGGAGAUGCUCCACAUGCGCCGCUCCUUCUUCCGCAUGCAGCCCCGCGCCGGCCCGGGCUCGGCCCUGACGCAGUGGCUCGCGGAUGUCCGCCGCAACAAACUCCUCCUCUGGGCCGUCCUGCUCGGCUUCGCGACGAUCUUCCCGCUGCUGUACGUCCCGGGGCUCUCCACCCGCGUCUUCCGGCACACGGGCAUCACGUGGGAGUGGGGCGUCGUGUUCGUCGGCGCGGGCCUCUUCUUCGCGGGGUGCGAGGCGUGGAAGUGGGCGAAGCGCGUCUACUUCCGCCGCGCCGCCGCCCGGGCCGGUGGGGGCAGGGGGCAAGACCUCGAGAGCCGCGUGUUCGGCGCGUACUUCGACGGCGACCGGGGUGGCGUGGCCCUUGACAGCAGGAUCGACUCCGAGGCCACGGUGCUGGAGAAGAACUCGAAGCCGCGAAACUUGAAGGUGUGA